AUUAGGGAAGUGGUUGGGGAUUCUGUAGAUUGAGUUUCUGAAGAGUGUUGAAACCGAGGGAUUUGUCCUUUAUAGUCCACCCUCACCUCCAUUCCCCCACCCCAAAUCCUCACCUCCAGGUGGCACCCUGGGCCUUUGUGUUGCCCCUAAGCAGGACAAGAGAAGAACCUCAUGGAUAAGAAAAAUAAUAAGAGCGCUUUAUGUGGUGUUUGGUGGAUAGUAGGCACUCAAUAGCUGCUUAUUGGUUGAUUGACAAGGACCAAAUGACAUCUGCCGCUGCUUUGGAAGCAGAGACACACGGACCUCAGAAGGACCCUCUGUGGUGGAGGCUGAAGCUUCUGGAGCUCUGCAACCUGAAGGAAGAACAAAAGAAGCUGCAACUGAGAAAGAAAGAACUAAAGCAACUUCAAACAGAGGAUUCCCAAAAGGAAGAGGUCCCCUUCCCAGUGCCUCAGGCAGUCCUAGUGUUCCUAGGACAGACAAAGGCAGAAAAGGAAGUGCCUGAGACCCUGCUUUCCAAUCUUCGUAUCCAUUAUCCACUGCCCGAGAGUUCAGCUUUGAUCAGCUUUGAGAACCCGGAAGUGGCAAAAGGUCUCCUGCAGCAGCAAGAGCAUAACAUCAUCCUGGAGGAAUGCCGGCUUCGAGUCCGCAUCCAGCCUGUGGAGUUGUCUGCUCCCACCACCAUCAAGGUACUGACUUGGAUAUGCCACCAAAAGGUACUAGUCAUAGGGCUGCCCUCUGGCCCAGAGCUGAGUGAAGAGCAGCUGUUGGACAAGUUGGAGCUUUUCUUCUGCAAACCCUCGAAUGGAGGUGGGGAGGUGAAGAUGCGGGAGCUGCUGUCAGGGGCAGCUGUUCUAGGCUUUACUGAUGACAAAGUGGCUGAGCGCCUGACCCAGAUCUGCCACUUCAUGGUGCCCUUGGGUGGUCAGUUGGUUCCUUUGAGAGUCUUUCCUUAUAUUGACGGGAACGUCCAGGAGAUAAAGAUAAGUCGCUGCUCAGUCCCCCAUUCAGUGCUGGUGGUUAAUAUCCCAGACGUCCUUGAUGCCCCAGACCUUCAGGAUAUCCUUGAAAUCCAUUUCCAAAAGCCAACUCGAGGUGGGGGUGAGGUGGAAGCAUUGAUGUUUGUAGCCCCUGGGUCACAGGGCUUGGCCCUUUUCACCCCAGAGCAAGGUUAACCAGCCACACAAACUCCCCUUCCUGCUUCUCAUUGUCCCAGAUUUUGUAUCUGUGUUUAAGGGGGAGGUCUUCAUUCCUUUCGCUCCAGGCUUUCCCCCUUUAAAACUGUUGGGCCAUGGAAUGUAUGACCUGACAUCACUGUGUUUUCAUAGUACUUCAUGCAAAUGUGAUUGUGGAGUAAGGGGGAAGAGAGAAAAAGUGAAGUCUGGUCUUUUGUCUCUCUUUGUAUCUCUCGCAUUUAGCAUAGU